CCCCAUUGUUACUUGUUGGUUAACUUGUCGAAAUUGAGUCGACGUGCUUGGAAAUUAUCCUUCUGGAAUUUUGUACGUUUAUCCUGUAUGAUUUACCAAAAUGCCUCCUAAAAAAGCAGCAGCAGGACCUAGUAAGAAAAAUGUAGAGAAGAAGAAGGACAAAGUAAUAGAGGAUAAGACUUUUGGUUUAAAGAAUAAAAAAGGAAAUAAACAGCAGAGGUUCAUCAAUACUGUCACUGCUCAAGUCAAGUUUGGAAACCAGAAAGAUCAGAAAAAGGCUGCUGAACUAGGGCAGAAAAUUGCCAAGAAAGAUGCAAAGAAAAAGGAAGCAGAGGAGCUCAACAUGCUCUUCAGACCAGUCAUGGAAGCUCAGAAGCUAGCAAAAGGAGUUGACCCCAAGUCUGUAUUGUGCGCCUUCUUCAAGCAAGGGUCGUGUUCCAAAGGAGACCGGUGUAAAUUCUCUCAUGAUCUCAACAUAGAGCGUAAGGCAGAGAAACGUAGCGUGUAUGGUGAUGGAAAAGAGGAGGAACUAGCCAAUGACACCAUGGAUAACUGGGAUGACGAGAAAUUAAUGGAAGUAGUCAGCAAGAAACAUGGAGAUGCUAAUGAGAGCAAAACCAAAACAGAGAUUGUUUGCCGAUUCUUCAUUCAAGCAUUGGAGAAUAUGAAGUAUGGAUGGUUCUGGUCUUGCCCAAACGGUGAGAAAUGUAAAUACAAGCAUGCCCUUCCUCCUGGCUUUGUACUCAAGAAAGAUAAGAAGAAGAUGGAGGAACAGGAGGAGGAUUCAAAGAUAUCAUUAGAAGAGCUUAUAGAGGAUGAGAGGAAUAAAUUAACUGGUAACCUGACUAAGAUCAACCUACAAACCUUCAUGCAAUGGAAGAAAAGGAAGAUAGCUGAGAAGGUGGAAAAGCUGGAGGCAGAUCAAAAUAAGAAACGAAAUGAACUCAAACAAGGCAAAUCACUUGGGGUUACAGGACGUGAGCUCUUCUCAUUUAAACCUGAGAUGGUCGGUGAAGAUGACGAUGAAGGAGACGUCUUUACUUACAAACGAGAAGAGGAGGAUGAUGAAGAGGAUCCAGUGAAUGUACAAGAAGUGAGUAUAGAAGCAUUUGCGGCCUUAGCGAUGGAGGUUGAUACGUCUUCUUCACACAUCACCAGUAGACUUGAUGCUCCUCAGCCCGCUGUUAAUGGCCAUGAAGAUGAUGAAUCGGGUAAACUGGAUCAAGCUGCUGCCAUACUCCCUGACGAAGAACCAACGUUAGGUGCCAUCGCAGCAGCAGAGGGCGCUCUAGCAAAUGGAGGUGAUAUCGACAUCGAUGAAGACCUGUUUGGUGCGGAAUGCGACAUUGAAUUAGAUGAAAUUGACCUCGACGAUUAAACUUCAUGAAAUUGACCUCGACGAUUAAACUUCAUGAAUUUGACCUCGACGAUUAAACUUCAUGAAUUUGACAUCGUGUAACAAUGCCUUUUGAAUAUCAUGAAACCAGCUAUAAGGAAGAUUCCAGCAUCAUCGGUGAUAGCCAUUAUGAAAGAAAGGACAUGGACGACUCCUACCUUACUGUAUCUUGUCGAGUCAUCAAUGACCCUUGACCUAUACUGUAUGGUUACAGGCACAAGAUCUCAAGAGACAUCACUACCUUAAACAGUGAGCCUUAGUCCCAGGGUGACUAGGAUAACUCUAUUUGUAGUUUGAGCCACAUCUCUGCGCAUUAAUGGGAAAUGGGGUCCCGUGAUGGGACCAACCCCUGGACCCUUCAAAAUUGAUUAUGAAGACUUCUGUGUGUAAUCUGAACUGCUUAUCAACUAACAAGACCCCCUCCCAUCAAUCCAGAAUGUUGAGAUAGACUGCUCUUGGAAAACAAGGAAAAUCAGUCUGACAGAUGUGUGGUCUUUGUUUUUUCAUGUGGGUUUUUCUCCCCACUGAGAAAGAUCGUGAUCGUGACUGGCUCAUCCGCAGUCAUAUUGACUGUUAUGCAUGAUAAUGAGUUCAAGCUACAGUCACUGAUCGGUUGCUACCCUAGUUAAUUAGAAGUUAGGCACAUAACAAGGUAUUAUCGCACUUCAAAUGAUAACUUUCUUUAAUCCAAUUUUUAAUUUCAAAUUUGUUGCUGAAAGUGCUCAUUUGUCACUAUGGAAGGAUUUGAUUUAUUUGCAAUGAUAAUCACAUGGAAUAGGGAGGGGUUGAUAUUUCAUUAGAAAGAAUAAGUGUUGCCAAUUUCAACACCUACAGGUAACUCAAAGGUUUCCUCACGGUGCAAAUUCUCUGAAUAAGCAUAUAAGCAGACAUCUUAUCUUUGUUCAGGAAAAAUUUAUUUGAACUCUGAAGAGCAUUGGAAUGUUUUAAAUAUUAUUCAAUCUGGUUUGGUAUCUUUUAUCAAAUUUAAUAUCUUUUAUCUUGUAUUGAAAAUCAAAUGAACUGUGAAAAGUUUUACUCAUACGUUUAUGUAUACAAAUCAAGAACUUACUAAAUGAGCAGAGAAAAUAUCUAUCGAGGUAAAGCUGUAAAGUAAAUCCUAUUCGCCCAUGCAUAAUGAUUCUUCUUUGUAAAUUAAUUAUUAAAUGUAAAACACAUGGUAUUGUAAUACAUGUAGGUUUUAGUUGUUUGCUGCAAGACUGGUUACCAUACACUUCACCUGACCUAGCACCAUGAAUAUACUCAACUAGAAUAUUAGAUCAUGUCCAAGAAUAUGAUACACUGUACAUGUAGGUAAGGUUUUGAGAAGAAAAUGUUUGUGCAUUAUAUGUACAUGUAGAUGGCUUUGCACUCUUAUGCAGGGUAGUCACAUUCUCUUUUCUCAAAUAAUUACCAAACAUUUAGAAUUGAAUUUGUUAAGCUCCAUUUUCCUCAUUGAAGUAAUUCAGAGCAUGGAAAGAAUGUAACCUUUUUAGGCCAAAACUUGUUUGUCAUAAAACAAUUGAGCUGCUUGUGAAAUUAUACUGAGAAAUGA